CAAUCAUGCAUCACCAAAUUUUUCACUGACUAAUUUUGAAUAAAAAAUUUCCAUCAAACGGUUAACAUUACACGAUAAUUUUACUAGAUUUUCUUGGCUGUUAUAAGCCUACAGUAAUUUUGAUUUAAAAAAGCUUUAAUUUAGCAGUGUUUUCAUUUUGUACUAUUACUUAAUAUAGGCGCGAAGUUCUAGAUACAAGAUCGAAUUUUUGAUUAAUGGGUCAAUAAAUGAAGUGAAAUUCUGUACUGGGUAUCGAUUAAAUAUUGUUUUUAUUUUGUGUUGAUUGAUAAUGGAAGUGGGGUUGCCGGUAAAUAGACCACUGCUCAGUCGGAAAACUGUUUUUCACCGAAGAAGCUUUGCCGGGAUCAAACCGUUUCUUGGAGCGUAUUCUAAUCGAUUGAACUCUUCAUGUUUUCAUCUUACUUCGUGGGGCAACAAGUACCCAACAAGUGGAACUUCACUCAUUGUUGCUGCAGCAGAUUUUUCUAAGAGGAGACAGAGAAAAACGUCAAUUGCAAAGUCUAGAGGUUCUGAUCCAAAAGGGUUCACCCCAAAAGCUCCUGUAGGAACAAGCAAUCAGAAGAGCAACUUAAAAAAUAAUGGGGAUAAAGAGGAUUCAAAAGCUGUUGCUUCUAGUGAGAUUGUAAAUACCAACAAGAAAGCACAUGGAAUCAACGAUGAAGAUCAAGAAAUUGAACUUACAGGGGAUAAGAAGGUUAUUAAAGAAAAGAUAGCAGAAGAUGUACCGGAGACUCUUAUUAAAAAGAAUCGAGCUAUGAAAAAUAGAAGUACUGGUAGUCUUCAGAACAUGACUGUGUUGGCUGAUGAAAGUACUCUUGACGAAAGACAGCCUGACAAUGUAAAAAGUGAUACUAUUGUAAAAGAGGAAAGUGGAGAAAAAACUGAUGACACUUCUUUAUUGGAAAUGAAAGAAAAAAACAUGCACAAACAGUCUGGCAGUUUAAAGAGUGAUUCUAUUCUGAAAGAGGAAAGUGUUGAGACCAAUGAAAAAGAAACUGAAGACAGAAAUCUUAGAUUAGAGUUUGAAAGGGAAGAAUUUUAUUCCCGGAAACAGUUUGACGGUGCAAAGAGUGGCAGCAUUAUAGAGGAAGAAGAAAAUGUUGGCACUGACAAAAAAGAAACUGAAGAGACUCCACUAAAAGUAAAGUUGAAAAUGGAAGAAAAUUUGCGGAAACAAGAUAUUGAGGUGCUCGCUGAGGAUAAUUUCUCGAGGGGUAAUAGGCUGUUUGUUUAUCCACAGGUGGUAGAACCUGAUCAAGAUAUAGAAGUUUAUCUCAAUAAGAGUCUCUCCACUCUGAAUAAUGAGCAAGACAUCUUUAUUAUGGGAGCCUUCAAUGACUGGAGAUGGAAAUCUUUUACAAUAAGAUUGAACAAGGCAAAUCUAAAAGGUGACUGGUGGUCUUGCCAUGUUCAUAUACCAAAAGAAGCAUAUAAGAUGGACUUUGUGCUCUUUAAUGGGAAAAAUGUCUAUGACAAUAAUGACAAGAAGGAUUUCUGCAUAGCUGUGGAAGGUGGAAUGGAUGCAAUUGUUUUUGAUGAUUUCUUGCUUGAGGAGAAACAACGAGAGCUAGAGCAACUUGCAAAGGAGCAAGCUGAGAGGGAGAGACAAGCAGAAGAGCAGAGGCGAAGAGAAGCAGAGACGGCUGCUAUUGAAGCUGACAAAGCACAGGCUAAGAUAGAAACUGAUAAGAGGCGAGAACUAUUGAACCAAGCGAUGAAAAAAGCUGCAAGGUCUGUUGAUAAUGUAUGGUAUAUUGAGCCAAGUGAGUUUAAAGGUGAGGACCUGGUCCGACUGUAUUAUAACAAAAGUUCAGGUCCUCUUGCUAAUGCUAAUGACCUUUGGAUUCACGGGGGGCAUAAUAACUGGAAUGAUGGGUUAUCCAUCAGCGAAAAGUUAGUCAGGUCUGAGAGAAUGGUUGGUGACUGGUGGUAUGCUAAUGUUGUUGUACCUGAUCGAGCCCUUGUCUUGGAUUGGGUCUUUGCUGAUGGUCCACCUAAAAAUGCCACUUUGUAUGACAACAAUCAUCGCCAAGAUUUCCAUGCAAUUGUUCCAAAAGCCUUACCUGAAGAAUUAUUUUGGGCUGAGGAAGAACAUCAGAUAUUUAGGAAACUGCUGGAAGAAAGAAGAUUAAGAGAGGAGGCUAUGCGUGCAAAGGCUGAAAAGACAGCACGCAUGAAAGCUGAAAGAAAGGAGAUAACUUUGAAAAGGUUUCUGCUGUCUCAAAAACAUAUAGUUUAUACUGAUCCUCUUGAUGUUCAGGCAGGAACUGCAGUGACAAUUUUCUAUAAUCCUGCUAACACAGUUCUCAAUGGUAAAUCUGAAGUUUGGUUCAGAGGUUCAUUUAAUCGUUGGACCCAUCGUAAAGGCUCAAUGCCUCCCCAGAAAAUGGUACCUGCAGAUCAUGGUUCCCAUGUCAAAACAACUGUCAAUGUUCCAUUAGAUGCAUAUGUGAUGGAUUUUGUAUUCUCGGAGAGAGAAGAUGGUGGAAUUUUUGAUAAUAGAGAUGGCAUGGAUUACCAUGUACCUGUGUUUGGAGGAAUUGCAAAGGAGUCACCAAUGCAUAUUGUACAUGUUGCUGUUGAAAUGGCCCCUAUUGCAAAGGUUGGAGGGCUUGGUGAUGUUGUGACUAGUCUCUCACGUGCUGUUCAAGAUUUAAAUCACAAUGUUGACAUCAUCUUUCCAAAGUAUGAUUGUAUGAACCUUAGCCAUGUGAAAGACUUUCACUAUCAGAAAAGCUAUUCCUGGGGUGGUACCGAAAUAAAAGUAUGGUUUGGGAAGGUGGAAGGCCUUUCCGUCUAUUUUUUGGAGCCUCAAAAUGGGAUGUUCUGGACUGGUUGUAUAUAUGGUGCCCGGAAUGAUGGAGAUAGGUUUGGUUUUUUUUGUCAUGCAGCUCUUGAGUUUUUACAACAAAGUGGAUUUCAUCCUGAUAUUAUCCAUUGUCAUGAUUGGUCUAGUGCUCCAGUUGCAUGGCUGUUUAAGGAACAUUACAUGCAUUAUGGUCUUAGCAAAGCUCGAGUUGUCUUUACUAUUCAUAACCUUGAAUUUGGGGCAAACAACAUCGGAAAAGCUAUGACAUAUUCUGACAAGGCUACAACUGUGUCCCCGACGUAUUCGAGAGAAAUUGCUGGAAAUCCCUUAAUUGCUUCUCAUCUUCACAAAUUCCAUGGUAUACUGAAUGGAAUUGACCCGGAUAUAUGGGAUCCAUAUAAUGAUAAGUUCAUUCCUGUAGCGUACACAUCUGAGAAUGUUUUCGAGGGCAAGAGAGCUGCAAAGGAAGCCUUGCAGCAGAGGCUUGGCAUGGAAAAAGCUGAUCUGCCUUUAGUAGGAAUUAUUACCCGUCUAACACAUCAGAAAGGAAUCCAUCUUAUUAAACAUGCAAUUUGGCGCACUUUGGAAAGAAAUGGACAGGUUGUACUGCUUGGUUCAGCUCCAGAUCCUCGGAUUCAGAAUGAUUUUGUGAAUUUGGCCAAUCAAUUGCAUUCCUCUCAUUCUGACCGUGCUCGUCUUUGUUUGACAUAUGAUGAGCCACUCUCACACUUGAUAUAUGCAGGUGCAGAUUUCAUUCUAGUUCCAUCAAUUUUUGAGCCAUGUGGACUGACUCAACUUACAGCUAUGAGAUAUGGUUCAAUACCUGUUGUUCGGAAAACUGGAGGACUUUAUGACACUGUGUUUGAUGUUGACCAUGAUAAAGAAAGAGCAGAAGCUCAAGGUAUUGAACCAAAUGGAUUCAGUUUUGAUGGAGCUGAUGCUUCUGGCAUUGAUUAUGCUCUAAAUAGGGCAAUUUCUGCAUGGUACGACGGUCGAGAGUGGUUUAACUCAUUAUGCAAAACUGUAAUGGAGCAAGACUGGUCCUGGAACAAACCUGCUCUUGAUUACAUGGAGCUUUAUCAUGCGGCUCGCAAGUGAAAAGAAGUAAUCAAUUCUGCAUACUGCGUAAUCCUGCACCACAAUUUGUACAGGUUAUGCGCCUAAAUCAACCUUUUUUUUUCCUUCCAUUCAAUAGUUUUGUUAUUUGCACAUAGAUUGUUCAUUCAAAAUAAAAGGGAGGUGAAAUCAACUUCUAGAGCUGGAAAUUGCUCAUCCAUUUUUGCGUUUAGUGUAGAAAAUGUAAAGAGUAGAGAAAAUUUUGAAUCUAUUAAAAGAAGAUCUGGUUUUGAUGGC